GCCUGCAUCUUCUUCCCUACCAGCUCUCCUCCUCCCCUCCAGCCACCCUGGGAUUGGUGACUCUCAGCCCCUCCCCUCAGCUCCCCCAAACCCUCCCAGAACCUUUAUCAGGGAGCUGGGACUGGUUCCUGCCACCUUCCAGAGCCCCUGCUCUCCGAAGCAGCACCAGUCAAGCUCCCUGAUCCUACCGUCCAUCCAGCUCCACAGGUAGGUUCUGGAAGAAUGGUGUGGUGGCCUGAAGCUGGCACCGAGGAUGAUGGAUGAGAACCAGAGGGGAUAAAGGAGAGGGCAGCCUCUGAUAGGCAAGUAGGGUACCAGGAAGGCCAUCAGAAAGGGCCCGAGAAUGGGGCUCUGUUAAGGUUUGGUGUUUGGGGCCAGAAUCAAGACUGAUUCUUAUGGGUUAGAAAGUUUUUCUCUAAGUCUCGGGUUUAUCUAGCACUGUAAGACAGAAUCCCAGGUCUCUUGUCAAGCUAGGUAAAGACACAGACCAGAACAAAUUCUGUGAAUCUAUCAAUCUUACGAUCUAGAGACCCCCAACACACAUCAUUGCUCAUUGAUGGGCAGAUCCUGGGAUGAUGUUUGAUGGGGACUCCCCCUUCUCAGAGAUGCAGCUCACUCUCUUCAGAUCAGGGCUUAGACAGGGGAGGUGGAGAGCUGGAAAAACAUGAUGGAGCCCAGCUGCUGGUCAGGAAAGCCUGCAGGUUCCCACCAAGCUGUCUUCCCUCCUUUUCACCUUUUGUCAUUUAGGCACCAUGAGGGGCUCCGUGCUGAUUGCUGCUAUCCUAGCGCUCAGCGUGGCUUGCAGCUUUGAGGCUGUCUGUGAGGAGUCUCAGGAGCAGGUGGCACCUGGUGGGAGGCACAGUAAGGACUCUGACCUAUACCAGUUGCCCCAGUCCUUGCUUCGGAGACUCUACGACAGCCGCUCAGUCUCUCUGGAAGGAUUGCUGAAAGUGCUGAGCAAGGCCAGCAUGGGGCCGAAGGAGACAUCUCUUCCCCAGAAACGUGACAUGCAUGAUUUCUUUGUGGGACUCAUGGGCAAGAGGAACAGCCAGCCAGACACCCCAACUGAUGUGGUUGAAGAGAAUACCCCCAGCUUUGGCACCCUGAAAUAGGCCCCCAGUGCAGAAUAAGCACUCCACUUCUGGACCCCGGACCCCAUCAUCAGGACAUUGUCUCUGUACCAAUCCCAGAGCAUGCUCCCGACUCCCUUUCUCUUUUCCAAGCUUGUACGAUCCUCCUUUUGACUCCUUCUCCUGCUCAGCAUGGAAGCUGCAUAUGAAUAGUUUCAGUCCCUUGGGCACUAUGGUUUCUGUAGUGUCCCGCAUUAA